AUGCUGACCAUGUGCCGGAUUCUGAAUCUGGCGGAGGCGUGUGAGGUGGUGGCGAACUUGCAGCUGGCGGUGUGUGGGGCCACGCGGAGCUUUCCGAGCAGUUACGGUCCAGGAUCCCGAGGGUCCUGCGUGUCUUUGGCAGAAUCGCUCGAGUCGCCGUUGGCACCCGUGUCGGAAGCGCCCGCCGGGGUAGCGCCCUUAGCGCACCCAUCCAAGUCCUUUGAGCUAUGCGACAUCACUGACUCAGCAUCUCUUGUCGCCAUCAUCUACCCAUCAAAGUCCUUUGAGCUAUACGACAUCACCGACCCAGCCUCUCUCUUCGCCAUUGUCUCCCCAGUCCCCCCUCACGCCUACUUCCGCCCCGACGACAAGCUCCCCUACAUGCACCCCUCUCCGGAGUCCGAAACCCGCCCCUGGGAGCAUCGGGCAGUGGUGCCUCUAGACGAGAUGGGAGCAGGCGUGAGAAAAUAUGAAGUCUGGUGCCGGAACACACAACCUCCAAACACAUGGCAGCAGUGGGGCAUCCCUAUCCUCAUCGCCCUCUUCACACUCCUCCUCGUGGUGCUCGUGCUGGUGGCCGCAUACCUGCAGCGGAGAAAGUUCCUGCAGACCCAGCAGCAGACGGCAGAGGCAGAUAGGCUGAGACGGGAGGCAGAUGCAGCAGAGGCAUCAAAGAGCAUGUUUGUGGCUUGCAUGUCUCACGAGCUGCGGACGCCCAUGGUUGGGAUUAUUGGCAUGAUUGAUGCUCUAGCGGACAUGGGCCUGAACGCCUCCCAGCUAGCAGAUCUCCUCAUGGCCGGGGCAUCAGCCAAGGAUGCACUGCAUCUGGUCAACCGCGUGUUGGACCUGGCGAAGCUGGAGGCAGGCAAGGCCAUGGUGGAUGAGGUGGUGAUUGAUGUACGGGAGUGGCUUCAUGCUACGCUGGGUUGGCAUGCACAGGCAGCACGCUCGAAAGGGAUCGAAAUGAGCGGCAUUGUGGGAGACGAGUGCCCCACGCAUGUCAUUGUGGACCCCAUGCAUCUCGGCAGCAUGGUCAAGGAGAUCACAGAUAACGCAGUCAAGUUCACAACACAAGGCCAUGUGACAGUGCGGAUGUCGCUGGUGCCGCAAGGGACAAGCUUGCAAGACACCCUUUGUUGCCAGG